AGCAACUUCUCACUGUUAAAUUGACAAUUACUUACAAUUUGUUUCAAUAUAUACAGUAAUGUUAUCGUAAUAGUCAAAAAGUUGUUACAUGUCAAAAAUAACAUGCCACGUUUAGCAGACAAGAAAAAUUAAAUUACCUUCGAGAACUCUAUGCACUCAUCGUGAUGUACAGAUGACAUCCAAAUCUAAAAGUGUACAGUCACCGCGUAUUACACAAGAACAAAAAUUAUACACUACGUCAUCAUCGGGCCUGCCGAAAUGGCGGCAAUCUCCGAUUGAUAUCAGUCGCACCGCCGUGUGGAGUAAGAAACUCCCCCCCUUACUCUUGACAAAUUAUUGGUCGAACGAUGGCACAGCGAUACUUACAAACACUGGCAAAACAGUUAGCGUUGAGUUGGCGAAUAGAACGCUACCGAUAAUGCGCGGCGGUCCUUUGAAAGAUGAUGAAUUUCAAUUCAUGAACGUGCAGUUCCAGUGGGGCCCGUCCAACUGUCGAGGCGCGGAACAUUCUAUCGACAAUAUUUGGUACUCAAUGGAGGCGCAAGUUAUGCAUUGGAACACGCGGUACGGAUCGAUAGACAAGUGUUACGACAAAUCUGAUGGAAUUGCAAUACUCUCGUACUUCAUGCAGGUCGUUGGCUGUCCUGGGAUUCCAGAAAAUCCUAUGCUUGCCCCAAUUACUAAUAAACUCUCGGAAAUAAAACGGACAGCUAGCACCGUAAAUAUUAUUCCAGAUUGUUUACGUUGGAUGACGCAUGCAUGCACAUACCCUGGAUAUUAUACUUAUUCAGGCUCCCUCACGUCUCCUCCGUAUAAUGAAUGCGUCACUUGGAUUAUCGUGCCAAAUGCGAUAAAAAUAUCUUCCUAUCAGAUCGAAGCAUUCAGAAAUCUCUACAAUUAUAAGUGGGAGCGUAUAGAAAGGAAUUACAGAUCGCAACAUCUUCUUCACGGAAGAAAGAUUUUCUUUGCCACGAAUAAUGCAGUGUAGUUUGAUCGAUUGCAGUAUAGUUGAUCGAUUUAAAAUAUAUCAUCACCGAUGAUUACCGAAAUAAAACCGAAUAAAACCGAGAAAACAAACCAAUAAACAAUACAAAUAACUUGUUAAAUAACUUUUUAAUUAACAAAUCUGAAUAACUUGUUGAAAUAUAUUGUUUGGACUCGC